AUGGAGAAGCUUACGGAUUAUUGUGAAAUUUUAAGAAAGUGGCGUUGCCAAUCCUCCUUUAAAAACCCCAACCUCCCUUCUCGCUUCACUCAGAUGGACCAUCUCCUCCUCUCUUUCCUCUCUCUCGCCGAUUCCUCCCCUCCUAUUUCCCUCGACCUUUCCUUCGACCGCCUCCUCGAUUCCACUCCUUCCGACGCCGAUCAGGCUCUUCUCAUCGAUCGCGCUCACAGUAUUGGUUCCCUCCUCCUCCAUGCCGCUAAUCGCUCCGCUCGUAAACGUGCUUCCCUUCAUAACUCCAUCGCCUGGGCCCUCCCUCCUGAUCUGACCAUCAAGGUGUUUUCUAUGUUAGAUUCGCAGAGUCUUUGCUACGCCGCGGCAACGUGUUGGAUGUUUAACAAGUGUGCUAUGGAUCCAUUGUGCUACGAGAAUAUUGACCUUACCACUGUCGUUCCCAAGGUUAAUAAUGUCGUUGUCUCCACCAUGAUCCAACGAGCUGGGAAAUCGUUCCGAUCGCUUAAGCUUGGAAUAGUACCAGGCCCAACUUCCUCUCCGGGUUCCUGUCAACCAUUGCUUUAUACGAUCCAGAAUUCUGUAUAUGUAUCUAGCUUUUCAUGGAAUGAAAAAAAGACCAAGCAAGGGAAGGAAUCAUCUAUUCUUACAAGGACCUGCUUAUACCCAUUAAGUGGGGACAAUGGCACCGCUGGGGCUCUUUUGUGGAGGUUGCAUCUUUACAAUAUUGAAAGAAUGGACAAUACAUCACUUUGUGUGGCAUUAGCAGCCUGCCCUUCUUUACUUGAUUUGGAAAUUGUCGGCCUUCAUGUCGAGUUGAGGCAAAAUUUGAUGUCAGUGAGCUCCAAUUGUCACUUGAUAGAGCGUUUAUUCUUUGAGUCUUCCAAAACAGGGAGGGAUGACAGCUUGAAGUCGCAAACUUGUGUGGAUGUCAUGAACAAUUGUCCUAAUCUUUCUUCUUUAUCGCUGAGAGGUUUUAGACUGCAUGAUUAUAAAGUCCAUAUUCUUGUUAAGGGAUUCCGUAAACUUAAAUAUGCUGAUUUUUCGACAUCUUACUCGAUCACUGGAACAUUUUUGAGGAAUUUGGGAAGUGGAAGUGGUGGGAAUCUACUAGAGGUUUUAAUUUUAAGGGACUGCAUGCAUCUCAAAGAGGUGGAAGUUUCUAGGUUCUUGACCGCAAUUAUUGCAGGAGAUUUUAAAUUCCUUCAAUAUCUUGACAUUUCUAAUAGGGAAGGUUUAGCUUCAGAAGGUGAUUGGUAUCAGAGAUCUUACAACCCAAGAUCGAAGGCGAUAUAUGAGGGUCAUGUACCGCCAAAAUUCAUGCUUGCAUUUGUCUGCAGAGGAAACAGAUACAGCUGUAGAUAA